CUUCAUUUAGCCCUAGCAUAACUCAGUUUCCCCUUUUCCGUCGUCACUCCCGACUUCCGCCUCAGCCGCCGACGAUUGCUCCGCCACCGGAAGAACAGAAAGCCUCCGUUGAAAGUUGAUUUUAGGAAGUAUAACAAUGAGUGAGAGUCGCCAGUGGAUGUAUAGGCGUUACCUUCCUGAGGGUGGAUGGAAUCCAAGGUUUUUGGAGGGGAUUGAGGAAUUCAUCAAGGUUGCAAGUAGUAAACCUGCGUAUCUGGACAAACACAGAAUUAGGUGUCCAUGUAAAAAAUGUGAUAACAAGCGCUAUACAGAUCCGAUGGAAGUUCGGUAUCACCUUGCUAGGUUUGGUUUCGUAAAGGAUUACCACUUGUGGAGGUUCCAAGGCGAAAAAAUCAUUGAAUCAUCAACUGCUCAGAAAGGCGGAAAAAUCAUUGAAUCAUCAGCUGCUAACAAUCAAAAAGGCGAAAAAGUCAUUGAAUCAUCAGCUUCCAACACUCAGAAAGGCGAAAAAAUCAUUGAAUCAUCAGCUGCCAACACUCAGAAAGGCGAAAAAACUAUUGAAUCGUCAGUGGCCAACACUCAAAAGGGAGAAAAAAUCAUUGAAUCAUCAGCUGCCAACACUCAAAAAGGCGAAAAAAUCAUUGAAUUGUCAGCUGCCAACACUCAAAAAGGCGAAAAAAUCAUUGAAUCAGCUGCCAAAACUCCUAUGGAUGUUGAAGUGGGAGCAACUUCUACAUACCACAUAGGGGUGUCUAGUAAAUGCAAGCAUCUAGGAAAGUCGGUGUCGGUCCCAGAGAGAUCCCGACGGAUGGUGAGGGUGCAAGAGAUUGUUGCGACAGAGGGCGAGAACCCAAAUUUGAGUCAAAUCUGUAUAGAUGAGGGUUUUGGAGUAAAGGUUUACAAGAAGAGAAGAAUGCUCGGGAUUGAGAGCUUGUCACAAAGCUCUGCAGGUAGCAGCUCGUCUCAUACUGCGGUAGAGAGUCCUGACUUGGUUGCUUCCUUGCGAGAGAGAUUGAGAGAGGAGUUUCGAGAGGAAUUGCGGGAGGAAGUACGAGAGGAAUUUAGAGAGGAAUUGCAACAAGAAGUAUGGAAAGAGUUUAAGCAGGAACUGCGCCUGGAAAUGGACAAGGAAUUAAAGUCUGAGAGCGCAAAAAUGGAAAAAUGAAAUUGCAGUGAUGCAAGAGAAGGUGGAAAAGUUCAUCAUGUCCCAACAAUCACACCAGUCAAGUCACACCCUUCACGAUUCUAAAAAGUUAUGAUCGACCCAUGCACUCUAUUCGUUAACGUUUUCCACUCAUUUUCAUUUGUACGUUUUUUAAAAUUUGGGCUGAG